CAACACGCAGGGGGUGUGUUCCCGGAACGGGACCGGGGUUGCGGCACCAGCGGCCGCGUGGUGGCACUUGCUCUUGCUUGGUGGCUUUUCGAUUCGUGUCACAAACAAGCAAUCAAUCAAUCAAUCAAGCAAGCAAGCAAUCAAGCAAGCAAUCCAUGAAACCAACCAUGGAGAACCAAGAACCAAGAACCGACGUGGCGUCGCCGGUUGCUUCCUCGGAGGCAGCAGCAGGAGCAACGCAGCAACAACAUCAAUAUCAACAACACCAUCAUCAACACCAACACCAUCAACAACAACACGAACACCAAGCCGUUCGGGGGGACGUCCCCAGUGCCUCCCGCAAGCGGUUCCUCGCCCAGAAGCUGAACAACAGCGCCGCCCUGUGCAUCGAGAUCGGCCGGUACGACCGGGCCAUUGGGUCGCUGCACAGGGCGCUCUUGCUGUGCGAGAGCGCGGGCGGAGGCUUGCGAGCCAGCGAAGGUUCCGGGAAAGGUUCCGGGAAAGCUUCCAGCGAAGCAAGGGUGCGGCGGCUGCCUCCGCCCACCGAGGCCUGCGCGGGCGACGCAGACCCGGAGGAGGGGAGUGUCCGGGGCCCUCUGGGCUUUUCCCUUUCGAGGACAGAAACAGAAACAGAAACAGAAACAGAGACAGAGACAGAGACACCUACAGCCACAAUCCCAAGCACUGCAGGCACAAGCACAAGAACAAGAACAAGCACUACAGCCACAAUCCCAAGCACAAUCCCAAGCACAAUCCCAAGCACUGCAAGCACUACAACGUCCACCUCCACGAGAACCACGCUGGACGACUGCAUCGCCUUUUCGGAGGCCACCAGUCUCGUCCAUGCGGUCCGCUCCAAGAAAAGGCAGCUGGAAGGCAUGGGUGGAAUCGGCAGCAAGAGAAGACGCCUCGGAGCGACCGAGAACGACAGCUACAGCCAUUGCAGCAGCCACAUCCAUUGCAACAGCAACACCCAGGUUGCCCCCCUUCACUUUGUAUACUCCACACCGAUACGAAUACGAGUGACUCCAACCAACAAAGAAGCGGAAACGGGAUCCAUCCUCGGCCUCGUCGUCCUUUUUAACCUGGCGCUGGCCCACCACCUCCGGGCCACGGAGGCCAAGCAAGGUGUCCAUCAAGGCGUCCAUCAAGGCGUCCAUCAAGGCGUCCAUCAAGGCGUCCAUCAAGGUGUCAAGCAAGAGCACCACCACACGAGGCGACGCUCCAAAAACGCUGCCGAAGCGAGGGCCUCGUCGCUGCGAAAGGCACGCCUCCUCUACGAGCUCUUGUCGGCCCACACGGCAAGCCUCGAGGAACACGAACACGAACGCGAACGCAACGAUCCCAGCAGCAACUACAACAGGAGCCCCCGCUUCCGAAUGGCCCUUUCCAACAACCUCGCCCGGAUCUACGGACUCAUCGGAGACACCGUCCUAGAGCGGAGGUGCCUCGGGGACCUCCUCUCGACGAUCCUGGUGGAGCACGCCAGGACGGCCAACGGAGCGGGUGCCACCGGCAACACCACCAACAACAGYAACACCAACAGCAGCGUCGGAUGCCUCGAGGGCUUUCUCUCCAGCGCCUCCGUCCUCUGGGUGCCAGACCAGCCGGCGGGUGCGGCCUGAGGAACCAACGAAACGAAACGAAACACGCAACGCAAGGCAACGCAACGCAAGGCACCAUACGACUACUACUGUAGCACAGUACUCAUACUGUAUGCCAACUAAUUCAUUUAGAGCACCGCUCUGCUGCAUUCUAGCACACAGCGCACAGCACACGGCACACAGCAUACCAUUGUUCAUUAUAUAGCAUAGCAUAGCAUAGC